CGGCGGCGCCCGGAGCGGGACAUGGCGGAGGCCUAGGCCGUUGCUAGGCUCUACUCGGUCUCGAUGGAGCGGCAGGACGCGCUGGUCGCGGCCACCCCCCCGGCGCUGCAACGCGUCCGAGAGGAGAGUGAGAGUUGGCCGACUCGAGCCGCGCCUGGGGACGCCAUCUGCCAGCACCGCUGAGGAGACAGGAGCUCCAGCAGUUUUUCAUCCAUGAUAACAUGUUGGCAUGGGUAGAAGACUGGCAACAAGAAGCAGAGACUAAGCAUAAAUGGUUAGGAAGGAACUGCAGAUGUUGGUUUGCACCGAAGAUAGACACAAAAUGCUGGAGUAACUCAGCGGGUGAGACAGCAUCUCUGGAGAAAAGGAAUAGGUGACGUUUCGGGUCGAGACCCUUCAGAUGUACUUCAGAGGGUGACUAUGGAAAUCAGCGGUCUCCCACUGGAGUUGUGGCGUCUGAUCCUUGCAUAUUUGCCUCUCCCAGACCUGGGUCGUUGUUGUGUGGUGUGCAGGGCUUGGUAUGAACUGAUAAUCAGCCUGGAUAAUACUCGGUGGAGGCAGCUGUGCCUUGGAUGCAAUGAAUGCAAACAUCCAAACUGGCCAAAUGAACCUGAUGUGGAACCGCAAUCUUGGCGGGAAGCUUUCAGGCAACAUCACCUAGCUUCUAAAAUUUGGACCAAAAAUGCCCAGGACAUGGAAUCCUCAAACUGUUUGCAUUUAUUUCGGCGAAAGAAGGAUAGAAAAACUAUAUAUGUCGGCGCUACAAACGAACAUCCAAAUCUCAGGAGUGCCUUAGCUGUUGCCAAUAUGUAUGAUAAGAUUUUUGUUUGCCCUGGUGUAUAUGAAGAACAGAAUGAAGUGAUUUUAAAGGUCCCUGUAGAAAUAAUUGGACUUGGAAAGUUAGGGGAUGUGGCACUCCUUAUUAGCUUUGACCAACACUGUCCAACAGCACGGCUGUGCAAUUUGGUCCUCAUGCCAGCAUGGUUCACGCCUGUUGUAUACAAGACAUUUUCCGGACAUAUCCAGCUUGAUAACUGCAACGUGGAGAAUGGGCAGGUACAUAUCCACGCACCAGGGACCUGCCAUGUGAAGUUUUGUACGUUCAACCAGUCCAGCAUCAAUUUCCAGAACGUAUCCCUCAGCCUAAUUGAAAACUCAGAGUUUAUUGGGAGUGAGGGUACAUCAGUGAGCGUGGCAGGCUCAGGCCUGACCGACAGAAAUUGGGCCUGCAAACACCUGGCGGUGGCUGCCAAAUCCAAAUCUGUUUUGAAUUCACCAGGCCAAGCUCUUUCAAGUACUUGCAACUCCAGAAAUCAUUGCCAGAGUUCACUGAGCAAAUUUGGAGCAUUUGAAUCGAAUGAGAACAUGACUGGUGCACGGCAGACCUCUAGCUUCCCUCCAAAAUUCCAGGUGUCCCACACAAAAGAUGACCAUUGCAACAGAGAAGGAUGUGUUCUGAAAAGAAAGCCUUGUGAAGGAGCGAGAGUAACAUUGGACACGGAUUACAGUGACACUGAAAUGAGCACAAGUAGUGAGAAUGAGGAUGAUGAGCAAUCUGUGUAUAAACUUUCUUACCAAUCCCACGGCCUGAGUCGCAUGUUGUCAAGGACUAAUCCACUUAGACUUCAGAAGAAGGGAACUGAUCUUCUGCCAAUGGAUUUGGAGUUAAACACUCUACAGAAGGAGUUGCAAAAGGAUAAAAAUGCUCAGAUUCUCGCCAGCACCCUGCUGGGCUGUUUAAUUCAAAAGUGCCUUUUUCGGGAUGGAAAGGGUGGUGUGUUUAUUUGUAGUCACGGGCAAGCUAGACUGGAAUGCAAUGUCUUCAGAAACCUCAGCUAUGCCGUGCGGGGCAUCCAGAAUGCAAAGAUUAUAAUGAUAAAGAAUGAAAUUAGUCAUUGCAAAGCAUCAGGAAUCUUUUUACGACUGGAGGCAGGUGGAUUAAUCGCGGACAACAAUAUCCAUUCCAAUUCAGAGGCUGGCAUUGAUAUCCGAAAAGGGGCCAACCCUUUGAUAUUGUGCAACCAGAUACACAGUGGUCAUCGGUCUGGGAUUGUCGUGCUUGGGAAUGGAAAAGGCAUCAUUCGUAGCAAUCGUAUUUAUGGAAAUAAAGAGGCUGGGAUCUACAUUUUAUAUAAUGGAAACCCAGUGGUAAGUGGAAAUCACAUAUAUCAAGGACUUGCUGCAGGUGUUGCAGUGAAUGAAAAUGGAAGGGGCCAAAUAUUAGAAAAUAUUAUACGUGAAAAUCAUUGGGGGGGUGCAGAUAUACGACGAGGAGGAGAUCCCAUUCUGAGAAACAAUCUCAUCUGCUAUGGUUAUUCAGACGGCGUUGUCAUUGGUGAACGAGGGAAAGGAUUGAUAGAAGGAAACAACAUUUAUGGUAACAAAGGCUGUGGUGUGUGGGUUAUGUCCUCUAGUCUCCCUCAUAUUGCCAAUAACCAGAUCAGCCGCAACAACAUCUAUGGAGUGGCCGUAUUCUGUCGUAAAGAUGACACAAACGACUACCUCAACAACCAGGGAGGCAAUGAGAAUUUCAAUGACGAAUGGGAGAUCGUCAAUUGGGAGAAUGACUUUGACAGUGAUGAGGAACGAUACACAUCGCACAAGCCAAUCACUGUCGCACUCAUUGAAUUUAACAACAUCAAUCAUAAUGGCGCUGCUGGUCUCUACAUAAAAAGCAGUGAGACACUCAACAUUUCAGCCAACGCAGUCCAUGCCAACCACGACAAUGGGAUUGCAGUUUAUCAGAGCAGUCAAUUCACCCACAUCACAAACAACAGCAUCACCUGCAACAGUGUAGGUGGAGUUCUUGUAGAAGCAGGAUGUAAAGUUGAACUUCGGGGCAAUGGUAUCUAUGACAACAACAGUCACGGUGUCACCUCAAAGGGAGAAGGUUCUGUCUUGGAGAAUGACAUUCUGGGAAACCAUGGCUAUGGGUUACAGCUACUCGAGAAUGCAGAUAUGAAGGUGACAAAGAAUAGAAUCCAAUCUCUUCACGACUAUGGGAUUGCAAUCUUGGACCAAGCUAAAGGAUCCGUGCAAGAAAAUCAGAUCUUCAGAGGGAAAUCAGGAAAGACCAUUUUAGAAAAAACUGCUAACUUGGAGGAAUGUACUGUCCAGAGCAAUGAAAUUUUAACAUGCAACAAAAGUUCUUGCAGAUCCGGCAUAGUCUGGAAGUUGGACAACCCUCCUUCGAGGCCGCAUGUCGAUGGAUCAACUCGACCCCUCUCCAUGGCCCAGACCAAUCAACGAGUUGCAUCCAUGACAACUCGAAUAGCUGCAAGAGUUGAAAGAGGCUGCCAUGACAAUGGAAGCAUCUUCUGUUCUAUUCUUUAAUGAUUUAAAAUUAACUUUGGUUCAAAAUAAGCCUUGGUCUGAAUCAAAUGUAUUUUCAGUAAUUAACAAAUUUGCGGUUCUCCUUUUUGUUAAUUCACUAUUUCACAGCUUUUCAUGGAUAUACUAGAAUCAAAUGAACAAAAAGCAUGACUUGACUUUAAACUUAAUUUGGAGCAACCCUCCAACACAAAUUUAACUUUAUUAAAGUUAUGAUUUUAUAGCACAAUUUGUGUCAUCAUAGCUGCCACUUUAAUUUCUGCAUUUAGAUUCCAGGCAGAUAAAUUAAAAACACUUUGGCAUUAGCCCAGAUCUGAAUAUUUCUUUAAUGGUUUAAAAUCAACUUUGGAACAGAUCAGAUACUAUCCCUGACACCCCACUCCCCUUUUGUGAUCUGUCUUCCUCAUAAGGUGGCGACUAUUGACUGAUAUCUACCACUAAUUUAUCAACUCCCACAGUUAUCUGGACUACCCUUCCUCCAGCCCUGCCUCUUGCAAAGAUGCUGUUCCCUACUCUCAACUUCACCUCAUCUGCUCCUAAGAUGUGACUUUCCAUUCUAGGACAUUAUAUUGACAAUAGACAAUAGGCGCAGGAGUAGGCCAUUCGGCCCAUCGAGCCAGCACCACCAUUCAAUCUGAUCAUGCCUGAUCAUCCCCAAUCACAUUGUCCUCUUGCUCUAGUAAACGUGGUUAUCCGCCUUCUGUCCUGGAUGGAUCCCUCAUUUGCGUCUCCUCUGUUCUGCUCAUGCUACCCCUCCCCCAGAUGGAAUAAGAAUACAGUUCUGAUCCUCACCUUUCACCCCAUCAGGCUCUGCAUCCAACACUUCAUUCUACAUUUCCGCCACCUUCAACGUGAUCCCACCAUCAGUCACAUCUUCUCACAUCCGCCUUCAGCAGAGCCCACUCCCUCUUGAACUCCUUGGUUCACUCAUCCCUUCCCACCAAAACCACCCACUGCCCAGGUACUUUACUCUGCAACCGCAGAUGUAACACCUGUCCCUAUAUCUCCUCCCUCGCCUGCAUCCAGGGACCCGAGCAGUCCAUCCAGCUGAGAAAGAGGUUCAUAUGCACCUUCUUUAUCCUUAUUUACUGCAUCCGGUGUUCCCAAUGUGGGCUCCUGUACAUCGGCAAGACCAAGCAUAGACUCUGCGAUCGUUUUGCCGAACACUUGCACUCAAUCUGUCAAGGCCUACUGUAUCUCCCAUUUGCUAAUCAUUUUAACUCCCCUUCCCAUUCUUGCCUUUCUGUCCUGGGCUUCCUCCUUUGCUAAAGUGAGACCACAUGCAAACUGGAGGAACAGCACCUCAUAUUCAGCUUGGGUAGUUUACAACUCAACGGUGUGAAUAUUGAAUUCUCCAAUUUUAUGUAACCUCUAACAACUCCUCCCUCUCCUUUCGCCCCUCACCUGGACACACCUAUUUCUCCCCUUCCCCUCCUUCUUUAAGAUCAUAAGGAAAGGAUUCAAAGGGAGUAUUAUUGUCACGUGUACCAAAUAAUGUACAGUGAUAUGCGAAUGACCAUACAGUCAUAUGAAAAGAAGCAACAAGACACAUAAUUACAUAAAGGUUAAUAUAAACAUCCACCCCAAUGGAUUCCCUACAAUCCUCACUAAUGGAAAGCAAAAAAAGUCCAAUUUUCUUCCUCUUCUCCAGCGGUCGCGGCAGUCGAACCAUCGGGGCGAUCGAACUCCCACGUCGGAGCGGUCGAAACUCCCGUUGCUUGCAGUUCCCGAUGUCAGUCUCUAACCAGAGACCGCGGGCUCCGUGAUGCUAAAGUCCACAAGCAGCUGGAGCUCCGAGGUCGAUCCGUGGCAAAGAGUUUGCGGGCUCCGCAAUCCGUUGGGGCGAUCGAAGCUCCCGCAGCCGGCGGUCGAGGCCCCCGUGUCUGGGCGAUCGAAGCUCCUGCGUCGGGGUGAUUGAACUCCAGCGUCGGGACCGUCGAAACUCCCGCGGCCUGGAGUUCCCGAUGUCGGUCUCUAACCAGAGACUGCGGGCUCCGUGAUGUUAAAGUCCACAAGCACCGAGCUCCGGUGGAGCUCCGAGGCCGAUCCCUGGCAAAGGGAUUGCAGGCUCCACGAUGUUAAAGCCCCGCAGUGGAGCUCUCGUUGAUCUCCAGCACAGGCCGCCAACCCCUCGAUGUUAGGCCGCAGGGCGGAUGGAGAUACGAUAUGGAAAAAGGUAAGUGAUUAGAAAAAGUUUCCCCACCCCCCACAUAAAACAAGCGAAAGAACACUAAAAACAUACAUUUAACGUACUAAUAAACAUAUAGGAGUAGAAUUAGGCUAUUCUCCCAUCAAGUCUACUCCGCCAUUCAAUCAUAGCUGACCUAUCUCUCCCUUCUAACCCAGUUCUCCUGCCUUCUCCCCAUAACCUUUGACACCUGUACUAAUCAAGAAUCUAUCUAUGCCUUAAAAAUAUCCACUGACUUGGCCUCCACAGCCUUCUGUGGCAAAUAAUUCCUUCCUUCCUCAGGCUUCACAUUGAUCAGGCUUUAAUCUAUGACCUUUGUUCCAAUCAUCUAUCAAAACCCCUCUCACUUAUGUCUACCUAUUACCUGCCACACUUUGGCCCCUCCCAGUUUGUUCUUAUCCACCCCCAUCAGUCUGAAGAAGGGUCCCCACCCAAAACACCUAUUCAUGUUCUCCAGAGAUGCUGCCUGACCCCGCUGAGUUACUCCAUCACUUUGUGUCCUGAAUAUUUCUAACGUGUUGAAAAUGUGUAAUGACUACAGUAUUUUGAAGUUUAGGGGUAAUAUGAGGGGGAACUUCUUUACGCAGAGAGUGGUGGCGGUGUGGAAUGAGCUCCCGGUGGAAGUGGUGGAGGCAGGUUCAUUGGUAUCAUUUAAGAAUAAAUUGGAUAGGCAUAUGGAUGAGAAGGGAAUGGAGGGUUAUGGUACGAGUGCAGGCAGGUGGGACUAAGGGGAAAAAAAUGUGUUCGGCAUGGACUUGUAGGGCCGAGAUGGCCUGUUUCCGUGCUGUAAUUGUUAUAUGGUUAUAUGGUUAUAUUUUACUGCAAAGAAUUCCAGAAUUGUAAAGGUUACAGACUAAAGUCAAGGUUUUCACACUAAUUAUUUUUGUAUGCAGUGACUGAGCUACUUUUCUGGUGUAAUUGUAGCUUUUCUUAACCAAAGUAACUCCCAGUGGAAACACUCACUCAGCCACCCCCAGCCCCAGCCCCAUAGGUUGCCUCUGCCAUUUAGGAGGAAGUAAUGCCAGUUUUCACCAGUGCAAAAAAUAAGCUGCCACACACAACAGGACAAGCGACAUCUGUGGAGGCAAAGGAAUGGUCAAUGUUACAGAUCAGGACUGAGUGUAGAGGGAACAUAGCCAGGAUGGAGAAGUUAGAACGAGGAGCGAGACAGAAGCAGGUGAGUGAAUCAGAUUGGGAGGGUUGGGUGGAGAGGUUUCUGGGCUAUGGAGAUCACCUACCAGCCUCAGCCACACUCCCUGCUACAUUUGCCCAUCAUUUCCUCUGCCCUCUCCCAAUCUAGUUCUUCCUAUCAUCUUCUACACUCUCGCCACUCCCUUUCAUUUCUAUACACCAGAAUUCCAACCAAACUCCUGGACCUAGGACUCAGCACUCUGCAACUGGAUCUUCAGUUUCCUGACCCAUGUAUUGCAAUUUGCAAGGACACCGCGCAAAACCAUGGUCCACAAUAAUUCCCAUCACUGGAGCCCUCCAAAACUCUAUCCUCAGCCCCUUAUUAAACUCUCUGCAGACUUGUGUAUGGCCAAGCUUCAUACACAAGUUUGCAGAUGCACCAUGGUAUGGGACGGAUCUCGAACAAAAUUGUGACUGAAUGCAGAAAGGAGAGCGAGCUUAGUAAUAUGGUGUUAAAUUAGCAAUCUCCCCCUUGAUGUCAGCAAAAUGAAGGAGCUCGUCGUCGGGAGGUGAGCUGGUGGACACGUCCUAAUCUGCAUCAACAGCGUUGAAGUGAAGAUGAUUGAGAGCUUUAAGGUCCUAAGCAUAAAUAUCACCAGCAAUUUAUCCAGGUCUAAUCACAUUGACUCUACGUACACCGCAGAAGGAGAAAAUUCAGCAUGUCGCCAAUGAUUUAACAAGUUCAACUGAAGCAACGUUGAAAGUAUCUUAUCGGGAUGCAUCAUAACUUGGUUUGGCAAUUGCCAUGCCCAAGACCGCAGGAAAUUGCAGAUAAUUGAUGCAGCACAGACCAUCACGCAAACCAUGCUUUAGUAGGCAUUAAGAACCUUAUACCAGUAAUGGUUUAUUUCCCUCUGCACUCUGUCUGAUGCAGUUUCUCAAUCUGAGACAUUGCUUUAACUCCACGGAUACUGAUUGUUCUUACUGUGAGUUGUCAUAGUUUAUUUUGCUAUAGAUUUCAGCAUCUGUCUCUUGUUUACAAUCCUUUAUUGAUCAUUGGUCAUCCGUUUCUUAAUUGGAGGACCCAAAGUGAAGAACUUUUAACUCAGCAGGUCAGGCAGCAUCUCUGCAGAACAUCGAUAGGUGACAUCUCAGGUCAGGACUCUUCUUCAGAUUGUCUAUUUCCCUUGACAGAUGCUGCCUGACCUGCUGAGUUUCUGCAGCAGAUUGUUUACUCCCGAUUCCAGCAUCUGCAGUUUCUUAUGUCCAUACAGUAAAAUGGGGGAUUGGUAGUUGAGGCAGAUAUAAUAUUUAGAAGGCAUAUGGAUUUGGAGGGAUAUGGAUUAUGCACCGGUAGAUAAGAGAAGAUCUUGGGCAUCAUGUUCAACACAGGCAUUGUGGGCUGAAGGGCCAGUUCUUGUGCUGUACUGUUCUAUUUUCCAUGUACCAUCUGAGUCAAUGAGGAUCAACGUGAGAAAUGUCUGUUUAUUGCUACUCUUUACCUUCUGUCCAGUAACCUACUCUCGAUCUAUGUUAAAAUAUUACCUCAUCUCAACUUGCUCUAACAUUGUACAUCAAUUUUCCAUGUACGAUCUUAUUAAAAAGCCUUCCUAAGA